CGCCUAGCUGCGCCGGCCCCAGAAGUGAUGAAAGCGGCGGCUGAGUCCAGGUCACGACGAAGCCGUUGCCCUUUUAAGGGGGAGCCUUGAAACGGCGCCCGGGUUCCAUGUUUGCAUCCGCCUCGCGGGGAGGAAACUCCAUGUUGUAACAAAGUUUCCUCCGCGCCCCCUCCCUCCCCCUCCCCCCUUGAGCCUAGCUCCCCUCCCCUCUGAAGCUCGCGGGGAUCCCUCCCUCCCACCCCUCCCCUCCCCCCCGCGCCCCGAUUCCGGCCCGAGCCGGGGGGGAGGCCGGGCGCCCGGGCCAGAGUCCGGCCGGAGCGGAGCGCGCCCGGCCCCAUGGACAGCUCGGCCGUCAUUACUCAGAUCAGCAAGGAGGAGGCACGGGGCCCGCUGCGGGGCAAAGGUGACCACAAGUCAACGGCUUCCCAGAAGCCCCGUAGUAGGGGGAUCCUCCACUCACUCUUCUGCUGUGUGUGCCGUGAUGAUGCCGAGGCUCUGCCCACCCACAGCGGGGCACCCCUGCUUGUGGAGGAGAAUGGCGCUGUCCCCAAGCACACCCCUGUCCAGUACCUGCUCCCCGAGGCCAAGGCCCAGGACUCAGACAAGAUCUGCGUGGUCAUUGACCUGGACGAAACCCUGGUGCACAGCUCCUUCAAGCCAGUGAACAAUGCAGACUUCAUCAUCCCUGUGGAAAUUGAUGGGGUGAUUCACCAGGUCUACGUGUUAAAGCGGCCCCAUGUUGACGAGUUCCUGCAACGAAUGGGUGAGCUCUUUGAAUGCGUGCUGUUCACUGCCAGCCUCGCCAAGUAUGCAGACCCAGUAGCUGAUCUGCUAGAUAAGUGGGGGGCCUUCCGGGCCCGGCUAUUUCGUGAGUCAUGCGUCUUCCACCGGGGAAACUAUGUGAAGGACCUGAGCCGGCUGGGCCGAGACCUGCGGCGGGUGCUUAUCCUCGACAACUCGCCCGCUUCAUAUGUCUUCCACCCGGACAAUGCUGUACCAGUGGCCUCGUGGUUUGACAAUAUGAGUGACACGGAGCUUCACGACCUCCUCCCCUUCUUCGAGCAACUCAGCCGCGUGGACGAUGUAUACUCGGUGCUCAGGCAGCCUCGGCCUGGGAGCUAG